AUGGUUGCCGACACUCUAGUUUACCACCCAUCCGUUGCACAUUACCUCAAAUUUGUCGCAACAACCGUUGGUCGCGAUAAGCUCCUUCGAACCCUUCAAUACUUUUCCAGAUUUUACGCCUGGUAUCUCCUUCGCACCAAUGGAACUCCUAGUGAAAUUGCACCUUACGAGGCCAUCAAAAAACAGUUCGGACUCGCGCGCAAAUUAAUGCGCUUUGGCAAGAAUGUCGAACAUUUGAAAGCAGCCGCCAUCGCUGCGGAUUCUAAAAGUCUUGAUCCGGUAAUCAAGUACUGCGCUGUUGGAAGGCAAUUAGGAUAUGCAGGUUAUUUAACUUUUGAUGCGUUCACAGUGUUGGAUGCUGCAGGUAUUAGGAAGAGCCCUUCGACGAAGAGGAUACAGAAGGAGGCCUAUAGGUUCUGGUUGAUGGGACUGUUGUUUAGCACGGCGUCGGGAAUGUACUCUUUGUAUAACCUACGACAACAAUCUGCAAAAAUUGAUAAGAAAGAUGGAGAAAGUGUUGUGACGAGUAAGAGGAUCGAAAAGGAACGUGCUGCGAUCAAUAUGCAACUCUUAUCAGAUCUCUGCGAUCUCACAGUUCCAAGUUCGGCAAUCGGCUUGGCUAACUUCGAUGAUGGUAUUGUUGGAUUGGCAGGCACUUUGAGCAGUUUGAUCGGUGUUUAUGGUCAAUGGAAGAAGACUGCCUGA